UGGAAGACGUACAAGUGCAUGCUGGAUUGAAGAUGCCAUUCACCAUUAAUCAACUUUUGAGCUUUGUUUCAACGCAAUAAUUCUCUCAUCACUCAUCCAUCCGUGGACUGUAGUGCCUCCGUCAAAAAAAGAAGGGUCCCUGUUUUCUCUCUAUUUGAUGCACCCUGUUUGCACAUACAAAACCCCAUCUGUAUCUAUCCAUACAGAUACAGAGAGAGUCGAUGAGACAUGGUUAGUGUAUACUGUAUACCACACAAGGAAGGAACAGUCUUCCCUUCAAAUUCCGUACCGAUUGGUUAGAUUUCUUAAUCCACUAUGUACUUGUAAAUUUGGGUUAACUUACAGGGAAAUUAAUCACGCUUUGCGUGGUCAUUUAUGGGUUUAUUUUCAUCUUGGUUUGUGGGUUUUCUUGUACCCUUUUGGUGAUUGAAUUUAGGUUUCCAAUUUUAGGGUUUUAUGGGCUUUCUUGAGUUGUUAUGGAGGUUUUUUGCAAGUGAAUACAGACAGAGUCAAAGACCCAUUUGGCAAUUUGGAGGUGAUUUGAGGUUUUCAUGGAUGAAUUAAAAAGGUGAUUAUCAUCUUGGCGCACUUUUGGGGGUUUAACAUAUAUUGAAGAAUACAAAGAUUAAUCAAUUUGUGGCAUUGUUAGCUCUUCCAAGGUUCAAUCAUAUUAAAUUUGCCGCUCCUCCUCAAAUCAUUUUCUGGUUCUGUCAGUGUACAUAAUUCAAAUGGGUAACACGGACAUGGAAGAAUCAAAUGAGAUUAAGAGAGAGGACUUGGAAGAAGUUGAUCAUGAGGUGGAGGAAGUAAAAAGAAUUAUUCCAUGGACAAGACAGAUCACUGUUCGAGGAAUUAUCGCCAGCUUAGUAAUUGGAGUCAUUUAUACUGUGAUAGUGAUGAAGCUCAUUCUCACCACUGGCCUCGUCCCUAACCUCAAUGUCUCGGCUGCUCUCCUUGCCUUUAUUUUCAUCCAGACAUGGUCAAAGCUGCUUCAGAAGGCAGGCCUUGGCUCAACUCCAUUCACACAACAGGAGAAUACACUAAUUCAGACUUGUGCAGUUGCGUGUUAUAGCAUUGCUGUUGCAGGUGGUUUUGGAUCUUGUUUAUUGGGAUUGAACAAGAAGACAUAUGAGCUGGCAGGGGUUGAUACAGAGGGCAAUCCACCAGGGAGCUACAAGGAACCAGGGAUCGGUUGGAUGACUGGCUUCUUAUUUGUAGUUUGCUUUGUUGGGUUGUUGGCUUUAGUGCCCCUCAGAAAGCUUUUGAUAAUAGACUAUAAAUUAACAUUUCCCACUGGAACUGCUACCGCUGUUCUCAUUAACGGUAUCCAUACUCCUAAAGGAGAUGAGAUGGCCAAGAAGCAGGUUGACGGGUUCCUGAAAUUCUUCUCAAUUAGUUUCCUGUGGGGUCUCUUUCAGUGGUUCUUUUCUGGCGGAGAGCAAUGUGGAUUCUCUCAAUUUCCUACAUUUGGGUUGAAAGCUUGGACACAAACAUUUUACUUUGAUUUCAGUGCGACUUAUAUUGGAGCAGGAAUGAUCUGUUCUCAUCUUGUGAACUUGUCUUUGCUUUUUGGGGCUGUGCUCUCUUGGGGAAUAAUUUGGCCGCUGAUAAGCGAGCAGAAAGGAGAUUGGUUCCCUAAAACUUUACCAGAAAGCAGCAUGAAGAGUCUAAAUGGUUACAAGGUUUUUAUAGCUAUUGCUCUCCUCCUAGGAGAUGGGCUCUACAAUUUUCUGAAGAUACUUUAUUUCACCGGUAGAAGCAUGUAUAUCAAGACGAAAAAAAGCCCUAAAACACUUUCAGAUGACAAGAAUCAGCCCCUUGAUGAUCUUCAACAAAAUGAAGUGUUCAUUAGAGAGAGCGUUCCCUUAUGGGUAGCAUGUGCAGGGUAUACGCUUUUUUCCAUCAUCUCUGUCACUGUGAUCCCGCUCAUGUUUCCCGAGGUGAAGUGGUAUUAUGUUGUUGUCGCCUACAUUUUCGCACCCUUACUUAGCUUCUGCAAUGCAUAUGGUGCUGGUUUAACUGACAUGAAUAUGGCUUAUAAUUAUGGAAAAGUGGCCCUCUUUAUGCUUGCUGCAUUGGUUGGGAAAGAUUCUGGUGUAGUUGCGGGACUUGUAGGAUGUGGCUUGAUCAAAUCUAUUGUUUCCAUAUCCUCCGACUUGAUGCAUGAUUUCAAGACUGGCCAUCUCACCCUCACUUCCCCUCGAUCAAUGCUUCUGAGUCAGGCCAUUGGGAUAGCCAUAGGCUGUGUGGUAUCCCCUCUCACAUUCUCUCUCUUUUACAAGGCAUUCGAUGUUGGGAACCCGAAUGGGGAAUACAAAGCACCUUAUGCCCUCAUAUACCGGAACAUGGCAAUUCUAGGUGUCCAAGGCUUCUCGGCCCUGCCCCAGCAUUGCUUGCAGCUUUGCUAUGGGUUUUUCGUUUUUGCCAUAGCAGCCAACUUGGUGAGGGACCUUUCCCCGGAAAGCGUUGGAAAAUGGAUUCCUCUUCCAAUGGCUAUGGCUGUGCCUUUCCUGGUUGGGGCUUACUUCGCAAUUGAUAUGUGUGUGGGGAGUUUGGUUGUAUUUGUGUGGCACAAGCUUGACAGCGGGAAGGCGAGUUUGAUGGUUCCUGCAGUUGCAUCAGGUUUGAUUUGCGGAGAUGGGUUAUGGAUUCUUCUGUCGUCGAUCCUUGCUUUGGCCAAGAUCAAUCCUCCGAUCUGCAUGGGCUUUUUGCCUAGUAAGAACUAAGAGGAAGGAGGGUUCGAAGAACAAAACCGAAGAAUUGUAUUCAGGUGCAAGAAUAACUAAAUUUACAUGCUUUAUCAAAGUAUGAGAAUGGUUGACAGAGAGGUGCCUGAUUUCACAUAAAAGAUAAUAAUGCAGCUCUAUUGAAAAAAUGUACUGAAACUAAUGUAGGGUUGAUUUAUAUGAGAUUUAUUGGUAGGAGUUAGGAAAUGUUCCACAAAAAAUGUGUAUAAAACAUGUGAGAAAACUUUGGAUAGUUUAUAUAAUUGAAAGUCUUCUUAUUAAA